GUGAAAAAGUGCGUGAUGUGGGACUUCUGCAGCCGCUGUCACUGUUGGUACUCUGCCUCAACACGGUUCACUCCUAAUCCAGGCUACGUAACGAUCCCCGGGGAGCCCACCGACGUGCAUGCCUCAGAGAUUUUCAAAUCGUACGUCGUGCUGAGCUGGAAACCUCCCAGCCCCCGUGGACGGGCGCCGCUGUGGUACGUCAUCGAGAAGUGCAUAGCAGGCACUGGGGCGUGGCAGCGGAUCAACUCGUCAGUCAAACUACACUCCCCUCGUUACCCGGUUUUUGAUUUGCAAGACGGGCAAAAGUACCAGUUCCGAGUGUAUUCGGUCAACAUGCACGGCAGCAGCGAGGCGUCGGCGCCCUCAGAGCCCGUCCAGAAGGUUGAUCAGGACGGAACUGAGCUGCCGGUCGGCGUCCCCUCUGCUCCUGGUCAGGUCGUUGCCACCAGGAACACCAAGUCGUCUGUGUUUGUUCAGUGGGAUUCUCCCAAACACAUGAAAAGCCUCAUGGGAUAUUACAUCGACGGCCGCGUUGUCGGAUCCAAGGAGUGGUUCCCGUGUAACCACAAACCCUUCAAGCGCAACAGGUUCGUGGUCCACGGCCUGAUCCCGGGUGAGACCUACGUGUUCCGUGCCCAAGCCGCCAACAUGUUCGGCCUCAGUGAAGAGUCUCAGGAGUCUUCGCCCAUCGCCGUGGAGCCGGCGCUCGCGACUCCCAGCGCUCCCUUCGGCAUCACCAUGCUGAGCUGCGACGGCGCCUCCAUGACCGUGGCCUGGAAGAGUCCCAAGCACUGCGGCGGCUCCAAGGUCAACGCUUACUACAUCGACCAGCGGAACGCCGACACUCUGGCCUGGAAGGAGGUCAACCUGGUGGCCGUCACCGAGAGAGUCUGCACUGUCGACGGUCUGACCGAGGGAAUCUUCUACGAGUUCAAGGUCCAGGCUGGAAACAUGGCGGGCGUCGGUGUCCCAUCAGCUCCCAGCGCCCCGAUGAAAUGUGAAGCUUGGACCAUGGAGGAACCAGGUACGAGACACUCUCUCUUCUCUGGCUCCUACACUCAUUG